AUGAAGCUGUUGAUAAUUAGUCCAUGCGAAGAAAAUUUUUAUUUUUCAGAUGAGUUGCAUUCUCAAAUAACUGAUCACAAACUUUAUCGAUAUUUAGCACCAUCAAGUAGCACUUUAAAACAAGCUUCGUUGUGGUUGAAUGCUUCUUCAACACGAAGUCGGAAACGAAAAUACCGACGGGAUGAAGAUUCAGAUUUAUUGGUGCCUAAAAAAGUCGAAUUGAAUCUAACAGCAAUUCCAGUUAGAAUCAAUGACUUAGAAUGUCUGCAGUUUCAUAAAACAUUUAUGUGGUCUACAGAAUUCGUUGUCUUUACAUUAGCGCUUACUCAAAUAGUCGCUACGUAUUUUAUGAGCAGUGUUGCUAUUGGAGAAAGAAAUCUGAUCAUUUCAAUAGCUGCCUUAUUCUUUUUAUUAUCAUUAAUGUUAAUCAUGUUUGCAGAAAGCAUCUUUGAUAUGCCUUUAAAUGAAGCAUUUGAUGCAUUGAAAAAUUCAACGUCCAAGUUUAUGAUGGCCAGUAAUAUUCCCAAUUAUAUCCCUCAUCAUUCUCCACUUUUAUUCUUUGUUUCUUUAGCUGUUAUGUUGGCAUUUUUUGCUUCGUUGCUUGUUUUUCCUGGUUUUAGAUAUGCUCGCAUGUAUUCUGAUCUCAUCAAAAAUACUGAAAGACCUUUUAACCGGUUUUUGUACCACAUUACAUUCAUGUCUCAGUUUCUGGCAUUGUUUUUGUAUUCACAUGUUGCAAAAAAUUACCUCGUCUAUGGUCGGAGACAGCUGCUGAAUGAAUCUCAGAUGGAUACUGUACGAAUAUAUGUGGUUAUUUUAACUGCACUUUUUCGCAUUGCAUUGUAUCGUCCUCAUUUACAAUCAUUUCUAGAUCAAGCUGUGAUUGUUCUUUCUAAAAUUCAUCGCGAAAGUGGGUAUGUUAAGGCAUCCGUGCUUCAGAUGAAGAUACUGCGUUAUUUUUAUUAUUUACAUGUUGCUGCUUUGCAUUACUUCAUACCACCUUUUUUGCCUGUGAUUUAUGCACUGAUACUGAAAGCAACAUGUGGUAUUUCAUGGAUUGGAAUAAAUGAUGAUUCAAUUCAGAUGCACAAUUUUUCUGGUUAUCCUGCCGGUUCAUUGCGAUCACUGUUUAAUGCAAAAGUACAUCGAGGAUUAUGGCAAAUUCUAAUCAUUACAUCUCUUGGAACUAAUGCAGCGUUCUCCUUGGUCGGCCUUAUGUAUACUCAUCGUUUUGAAUUGUCUUAA